AUGGGUUCCGGGAGUCAGGACACAGUGCGGACGCCGCUGCUGGCGGUGGCCGGCGACGAGAAGGAGGCGGCGGCGCCGCCCCAAAGCUCCGGCGGCGGCGAUGGGGUGCACGGGGGAAGCGAGAGGCUGGAGAGAAUCCUGACGGACAGGAGCACUCCCCUGCUGCGCCGCUUGGCCUCCGCCACCGGCGUCGAGAUGGGCCUCCUGGUCAAUCUGGCGGCGCCCGCCGUCAUCGUCUACAUGCUCAAUUACGUCAUGUCCAUGGCCACCCAGAUCUUCUCCGGCCACCUCGGCAACCUCGAGCUCGCCGCCGCCUCCCUUGGCAACACCGGCAUCCAGAUCUUCGCCUACGGCCUCAUGGUAUCAUCAUCGCCAUCAUCUCUCUCUCUCUCUCUCUCUCUCCGUUGACCAUCGUGGGGAUGGAUUGGACUGGAGCAGCUGGGGAUGGGGAGCGCGGUGGAGACGCUCUGCGGGCAGGCCUUCGGGGCGCGGCGGUACGAGAUGCUGGGGGUGUACCUGCAGAGGUCAACGAUCCUGCUCACGGGGACGGCGGUGCCGCUGGCGGUGAUCUACGCCUUCUCGAGGCCGAUUCUUUUGGCGCUGGGGCAGUCGCCGGCGAUCGCCGCCGCCGCCUCCACCUUCGUCUAUGGGCUCAUCCCUCAGGUCUUCGCCUACGCCUUCAACUUUCCCAUCCAAAAGUUCAUGCAGGCGCAGAGCAUCGUCGCCCCCAGCGCCUACAUAUCCGCCGCGACGCUCCCCCUCCACCUGCUGCUCAGCUGGCUGGCCGUGUAUAAGCUGGGGAUGGGCCUCCUGGGGGCCUCGCUGGUGCUCAGCCUCUCGUGGUGGAUCAUCGUGGCGGCGCAGUAUGCCUACAUCAUCACCAGCGAGCGGUGCCGCAGGACGUGGAGGGGCCUAUCGGCGCAGGCCUUCUCCGGUUUGCCGGGGUUCCUCCGGCUGUCGGCGGCGUCGGCGGUGAUGCUGUGCCUGGAGACGUGGUACUUUCAGAUCCUCGUCCUCCUCGCCGGGCUGCUCAAGAACCCGGAGCUCGCCUUGGAUUCCCUCUCCAUCUGGUGAGCAUAUCUAUCUAUCUAUCCAUCUAUCUUUCUUCCCCAUCGGAUCUAAUCAUCAUCACCUUCGAUUCUACUUUUUUCACAGAAAAAUAUUAACAUGAUAUCAAAUUUUACGAGAGGUUUUGAUUUCAAAAACAGCUGCUUCAAGUUCAAGCUCCGAUUUUUUUUUCUUCUAAAUCAAAAACCCAUUUCCUCGUCGAUGACGACGCCGACGAUGAUGAGGGAAGGACAAAAUAUGAUUUUAGGAGUCCCCUCUCUCUCUCUCUCUCUCUCUCUCUCUCUCUCUCUCUCUCUCUCUCUCUCUAUCUCUAUCUCUGGGGACCCCCUGAGACUUCGCGAAAAUCAUGCGCUGCUCGUUUGAGGGAUGACCCAAAAUAACAAGGAUAAGACUGAGGAAGGCAAUAAAUAAAUGUCUGAUGAGACCAACGGAGAGACUGGCUCUUCCUUAUCCGCGCCUAUUUUGAUUUUUUUCUUCAUUUUUUUUAAAGGAAUGAAAUGCCUGAAAAAAUCUUAAACAAUGAUGAGAAAACAAUGUGUAACAUAUCUCUCUUCGCAGACUUCUUCCUUCUUCCAUUACUUAUAGUCGGUUCUUUACAGACUCUUUCUCUGAGUCCGUUUGUUUUAUCUCUCAUCCUGAUUGCUCUUCCGCUCCAAUGGCGCAGCAUGACCAUCUCAGGGUGGGUGUUCAUGAUAUCCGUGGGCUUCAACGCCGCUGCAAGGUCCGCCCUCCUCCCAACUCCUCGGAAGGAAAUCUCCUCAUCCUCCUUUUCCUAACGCCUUCUCCUUUCUCCUUGUGGCGGCGCGUGGCGGUUGAUGCAGCGUGAGAGUGAGCAACGAGUUGGGAGCGGGCAACCCGAAGGCGGCAGCGUUCUCGGUGGUUGUGGUGACGGCGCUGGCUUUCGUCAUCUCAGCGGUGGCCGCCGGGGUGGUGCUGGCUUUGCGCGACGUGCUCAGCUACGCAUUCACCGGCGGCGCGACGGUGGCGGCGGCCGUCUCCGACCUCUGUCCACUUCUCGCCCUCACCCUCAUCCUCAAUGGCAUUCAGCCCGUGCUCUCCGGUGCGUCUACUCCCUCCUUCCAUUACAUAUAUAUAUAGCAAGAGAGAGAGAGAGAGAGAGAGAGAGAGAGAGAGAGAGAGAGAGAGAGUGGCACAUGCUGUCAUUAAUGCGUUGGUGUCGUCGUCCCAAAAAGGUGUCGCUGUGGGUUGCGGAUGGCAAGCCUUCGUGGCUUACGUCAACGUGGGGUGCUACUACUUCGUCGGGAUCCCUCUGGGCUCUCUCCUCGGGUUCUACUUCGAUUUCGGCGCCAAGGUACGCCCUAAGACUCUUUGCUCGAAAGAAGCAUGGAGUCUUUCAAGAGAGAGAGAGAGAGAGAGAGAGAGAGAGAGAGAAGAGGCCUCCAAAAAUAGUAACUCUCUUCCUAUGUGGGUUCUUGGUCUUCUUUCAGGGCAUCUGGUCGGGCAUGAUCGGAGGGACCGUGAUGCAGACCCUCAUCCUCAUAUGGAUCACAUUCAGGACCGACUGGGAUAAGGAGGUAAGUGGGGCCCCACCUUCCUUCUGGUGGUCAAUCGCCCAACAACUCAUAAGCAGCGUUGACUUUAAGGACCUCCUUCGUUAGGUGCAAGAAGCCGCAAAGCGAUUGGAGAAGUGGGAGGACAAGAAGAAAGCCCUCCUCAGCUGA